AUGGCAGGAUACACAUCAAAGCUCAGGUCAGAAGAAAUUUUAGAACUUCUUUUGAAUGGAGACGUGUCAGAUCUUGAGAUUAGUGAGGAGGAGGAUGGUGAUUUUGACCUGGCAGGUGAUGCUGUCCAUCAAUCGCAUGUUCCUUCCCCAAGUGAACAGAGUAGCAGCUGCACUGAUAAUUCUGAUGAUGACGAGAGUUCUUCGCAGAAUCGCAGGAUGUUUUGGGAGAAAUGCGAAAGGUUUGAGGGACCCCAGGCGACCUUCUCGCCCACGGAAGUUGCAGAACAUAAUGAGAAGCAGAUCAUGGACUACUUUCAGCUAUACUUUGACUUGGCCUUUUUUAAGGAUACUUCUGAACUUACCAAUAUGAGAUAUUUACAGCAGACUGGAAGGUCUUUAAAGCUGUCUGCCAAGGAAGUGCAGAUAUUUAUUGGAGCAACAAUACUAAUGUCUUGUUUGAGAUACCCUAGAGUUAGGAUGUACUGGGGUAAAACAACAAGAGUUAUUAGCAUUACUGAAAUUAUGACUCGAGACCGAUACUUCAGCAUUAGAAGUAAUUUGAAGGUGACAGAUGAUAAUGCUGUAACAGAGGAAACUAGAAGGAAAGAUAAGUUGUGGAAAAUAAGGCCACUUUUAGAACGUGUAAAGAGAGCAUGCCUCAGUUUACCUCGAUCUCCUGAAGUGGCAGUGGAUGAACAAAUGAUCCCAUUUACUGGAGCAUGUGCAAUAAAACAAUUUGUCAGGGGAAAGCCAAAUCCUGAAGGGCUUAAAAAUUUUGUGUUGGCUGCUCCUUCAGGACUAGUCCUCGACUUUGAGAUUUAUCAGGGUAAAGGAACAUUCCCAGAAGCUAUUGGUCAACAAUUAAAACAGGGAAUAGGGGCCUCAGCAGUCCUCAGGCUUUGCCAGAGCCUUCCAGAAGGAACACAUGUGUUCUUUGAUAGGUAUUUUACCUCUGUUCCGUUACUGGAAUCAUUGGCUGAAAAAAACUUGCCUGCCACUGGAACAAUCAUGAAGUCAAGAAUACCCAGAGCAGUCCAUCUGACAGCAGACAAGAUUCUUCCAAAUUAA